AAAGUAAUUAACUAACAGUCGUUUGGGGCUUGUUCGAGCGAAAAGGUGUUGUGUGUGGAGCUGGAGAAAGCAUUUUGGACCGGCUAAUUCAGUGUGUGUGUGUUCAUGUGUACUCUAUGGUCUUGAAAUCGGGUGGAUAAAUUAUGUGAUAGGAAUACUUAAUAAGACUUUUAUUGAGCAAUCUGUUUACAUCAACUGUCGUUUGUGAUCAUACGUGUUAAUGUUGAACUCCCAAAAAGAUUGUCAAAUUUUGGUUCGCUAACAUAGCAUGAAUAGAAACUGAGUGAUCUAGGUGGGAUUCAAUCAUGUGUGUGAGUGCUGUUUAAAAAAAAAACAACGUAUUGUUUCUAAUCAUGAAGCUACUCUUGGGACUUUCUGUUGUGGUGGUGAGUCUAUUUUCACUCUCGUCAUCCCAUCCACAGGUGGUUCUCCAAAAAGAUGUCCUCUCCGAGGAGGACAUGAUCGUACUCCUCAAGGAGUAUGAUGCCGAAGUUGGGCCGUAUUGCAACCGGCAAGCGCGGGCCAACUGGAAUGUUGCAAUCGAUACGGAAAAUGUGGCAUUUCAAGCCGAACAGAACGAAGCAUCGCUAGCGUAUGCCAAGUUCCGAUCGGAUUAUUACGAGCAACACUUCAAGCAAGCGGUAGUGGAAAAUUACCGUGAUGCGAAGGUUCGCAAGCAGCUGACACUGCUGAAGGAUCUGGGCACCGCGGCACUUCCACCGGCAACACUGGAGGAGUACAACAAAGUUAUGCGUCGGAUGGACGCAGCCUAUCAGCUGGCGGAGGUCUGUCCGUACACUGAUCAGAAUUGCUCCACCGGGGCCCCGAAGUGGACGCUGGAUCCAGAGCUGCAGGAGGUGCUGGCUACAUCCACCGACUACGAGGAACUGUUGUACGCCUGGAAGCAAUGGCGCGAUGAGUCUGGAAAAAAAAUGCGGGACGACUACAGGCAGUAUGUUGGGUAUGUGAAUGAAGCAGCGAAGCUGAACAACUACACAGAUUACGGAGAAGCGUGGCGAGCGAGAUAUGAUGAUCCGGAUCUUAGAGGCACUCUAGAACGGUUGUGGGAAGAGGUGGAACCAUUGUACAACGAAUUGCACACCUACGUAAGGUACAAGCUGUUGGAUAUCUACGGAGAUCACAUGGAUCGCAACAACAAGAUGAUACCGGCUCACAUCUUAGGAAAUAUGUGGGCUCAAUCAUGGGUGAACUUGUACGAUCGUAUCAAACCGUUCCCGGAGGCAAGUUUGGUGGAUGUUACCGCCAAAAUGAAGGAACUUGGAUUCAAUUCAAGGCGUAUGUUCGAGAUGUCCGAUGAAUUCUACCAGAGCCUAGGUUUGCCGAGUAGUGCAAUGAGCUACGGUCCAAAGGCAGUCAUCGAGAAGCCAUCACAGAAAAUGGUGUGUCAUGCUUCCGCAUGGGAUUUCUGCGACGGAGAGGACUUCAGGAUUAAGAUGUGCACGAGCAUCAACAUGGAGAAUUUCGUUACCGUUCACCAUGAGAUGGGACACAUUAUGUAUUACAUUUUGUACAAAAAUCAGUCCCAACUGUUCAGGACCGGAGCAACGCCAGCAUUCCAUGAAGCCGUUGGGGACACGAUUGCACUCUCGGUCGCCACUCCAAACCACUUGCAAAAGGUCGGACUAUUGGAUGGGUACGCCGAUAGUGAAGCAGACAACAUUAAUGCUCUGUUUGAAAUGGCACUGAAGAGAGUUGCCUUCUUGCCGUUCGGAUAUUUGAUCGAUCUCUGGCGUUGGGAUGUAUUCAGUGGAGCUGUCAACGAGAGCGAGUGGAACAGCCACUGGUGGAGUUUACGGGAAAAAUACCAGAAGGUGUAUGCUCCAAUCUCUCGCUCGGAAGAAGAUUUUGACCCAGGUGCAAAGUACCACGUUCCGGCGAGCUCACAGUAUAUCGCUUAUUUCCUGGCGCACAUUCUUGAGUUCCAGUUCUAUCGAUCACUCUGUAUUGAAUCUGGCCAAUAUGACCCUGCCACUAGUGACGUGAUCCCGCUACACAAGUGUGACUUUUACAACAGUCAUGCCGCGGGAGAUAAGUUAAGGGAGGGGCUGUCCCUUGGUUACAGCGAAGAUUGGAGACUCGCAUUGGAGAAAUUGACCGGUGGUCGGGAGAUUAGUGGUCAAGCAUUGAGAGAGUACUUCAGUCCGUUGUACAAGUUUCUACAACAGGAGAACAAGAAAUUGAAAGAAGCGGAAAUGGAGACGAUUGUUACCGAGUAUAAUCAAGACUAUUCGGUGCUCUGUAAUAAGCAGGUGAAGGCUCAAUUCGCCACACAAGUGGACGUCGGUAAUGUUACCUUGCAAGAGCAGCUGAUGGAGAUUAUGAACGAGAAUACCCAGUUUGUGAUGGAGCAGUUUAAUAGAUACUUCGCUGAUGUGGAUAUCUCGGAGUAUGAAAAUGCGGAGCUUCAACGUCAGCUGCAAUAUCUGACCCAAGUUUCGAUCAAUCGUUUGCCAACCAAUGACUUCAGCGCUUUGAACAUUGUUCUUGGUCGUAUGCAGAACGCUUACAGCAGUACGCUAAUUUGUCCGUACGAAAAUAAAAAGUGUGAACACGGAACCAUGAGUCUGGAUCCUGACCUCUACGAGGUGAUGGCAAAAUCCCAGGAUUACGACGAAUUGCUGUACGUGUGGAAAGAGUGGCGUGAUAGAAGCGGGCGUACAAUGAAGAGCGACUAUGUUGAUUACGUGCGUUUAAUGAACAAAGCGGCAGGAAUCGCUGGUUUUGACGAUAUGGGUGAACUGUGGAGGAGUUCAUUCGAGCAAGAGGAUUUUGUGGAUGGGAUGAAACGUUUGUGGACGCAGCUGAAGCCCUUCUAUGAUGAGCUGCACACGUACGUCCGUCGGAAGUUACUGAAGAUCUAUGGAGAUAGAAUGAACCACAAUGACCCCAAUAUUCCCGCUCAUUUGUUAGGUAACAUGUGGGCACAAUCCUGGGUAAAUUUGUACGAUCGCAUUAAGCCGUUUGCGAAUGCCGUUGAUCUGGAUAUAACGAAAGCAUUGGUAGCGAAGAAUUACACCGUGAAGCAAUUGUUCGAGAUGUCUAACGAUUUCUAUGUGGGUCUGGGGCUACCGGAUAAUGGAAUGAGCUACGACGUGGCCCGAGGAGCUGUCAUUGAGAAACCAACCAACCGUGUGGUAACGUGCCAUGCUUCGGCAUGGGAUUUCUGCGAUCGACAAGACUUUCGCAUUAAAAUGUGUACUCGGAUGAAUAUGGAGGACUUCGUCACCAUUCAUCACGAGAUGGGACACAUCAAUUACUACAUUCUGUACAAGGAUCGGCCGAUCACACUGAGGGCAGGAGCGAACCCUGGAUUCCACGAAGCAGUUGGGGACACGAUCGCACUUUCAGUUGCAACGCCGAAGCACUUCAAAAAAAUUGGUUUGCUGGAAGAUUAUGAGGAUUCGUACGAAAACGAUAUAAAUGCACUGUUCCAGAAGGCUUUGGAUAGAGUUGCAUUUUUACCGUUCGGUUUGCUGAUAGAUAUGUGGCGUUGGGAGAUUUUCGCCGAUAAGGUGCAAUAUUCGGACUGGAACAAGCGCUGGUGGGAGUUGAGGGAGGAGUACCAGAAGGUAUCCGCUCCGGUUGAUCGUGAUUUGGAUGCAUUUGAUCCUGGUGCGAAGUAUCAUGUUCCGUUCGACAGCCAGUAUAUUUCCUAUUUCAUCGCCCACAUUCUGGACAUGCAGCUGCACAAAUCUCUCUGCCAGGUGGCAGACGAGUAUGAGCCCCAAAAUCCGGAGAAACCCUUGCACAAGUGUGACAUCGAUGGUUCCACCGCGGCUGGGGAUCGUUUGCGUGCCGGGCUCUCGCUGGGACGUUCCGUUCACUGGUCCGAGGCGUUGCGUGAGAUGACCGGCGAAACCGAGCUGAAAACCGAUGCACUCCUGGAAUACUACGCUCCGUUGUACGAAUUUCUCAAAAAGGAAAAUGGGAAUGGCGUGGCUGGCACUGUUCCUACCGUUGUGGUUAUCGUGGUGACUGGACUGAAUUUGCUGUUGAGAUUAUUGUAAAGUACCCCAAUUGACGAUUGAGCGCAAGAUAAAUUGAAAAUAAAUAUCCUUAUUGAAA